AAUAGUCAGAGCAGCUGCGGAUCGCAUCUUAGUGUUACAUGGGAUAGUGGAUUUUUUAAGCAUUUUCAUUAAAGUCACUUUACUUUUUUUAGAUACAAAAAUGGCUCCUUCUGUCACCGAGUUUUAUGAGGGCAAGUGUAUUUUAAUUACGGGUGCGACGGGAUUCCUGGGAAAGGCUCUUCUUGAAAAAUUGUUGAGAAGCUGUCAUAACGUAGAUACUAUAUAUUUACUCAUGAGGAACAAGAAAGGACUUACCAGCGAAGAGAGACUUAAUGACCUCUGCAAUAAUAAGCUCUUCGACUUAGUUCGCAGCCAAAACCCGGAUGCUUUCAAAAAAGUAAAAUUGAUUCCAGGCAAUAUAUUAUCGGAUGGUCUGGAUCUCUCCAACGAUGAUCGAACUGAGCUACAGAAAAAGUGCAACAUCAUAUUUCAUAGUGCAGCUUGCGUGCGAUUCGAUCAGAAGUUAAAAGAUGCCGUAAAUCUCAACACUAAUGGAACAUUACGCGUUUUGCAAUUGGCCGAGUCCAUAGAGAAUUUAGAGGUAUUAGUGCAUCUCUCAACAGCGUAUUGCCGUUGUGAGUUGGAUGUACUAGAGGAACGCAUAUAUCCUGCCGUACAUAAUCCGCGGAAGGUCAUGGACAUAUGUGAGUGGAUGGAUGAUGCUCUGCUAGCUUAUUUGGAACCAAAGUUGAUAGAAUCCGAACCGAACACAUAUUCCUACACCAAAGCUAUCACAGAGACUCUGGUGGCAGAAUAUGAGAGCAAAUUUCCCAUAGCAAUCGCUAGACCAUCAAUAGUAAUUGCUGCGUGGAAGGAUCCUUAUCCUGGAUGGAUAGACAAUUUGAAUGGACCAACGGGUCUUUUGAUAGGAAGCGGUAAAGGUGUAAUCAGGACUAUGCACUGUGAACCAUCGUAUAUCGCUGAUGCAAUCCCUAUAGAUGCGGUCGUCAAUGGCUGUAUAUUAAUCGCGUAUGCUACAGCUUUGGCUAGGUAAAAAGACGGUACUCUCAGUCUUACAUAAAAAAAAUAGUUUAGGUAUUUGUAGAAU